CGCACCUACCGGCCCCCGGGCCCGGGCUCCUGGCAGGAGUCGGAGCGCAGCCCGCGGGUGGGCGAUGCGCCCGCCGACUCCGCGCCGCCCUUCACAUACUACGAGUAUCCCGAGGCUUGGGAGGACUCUGGAGAUGGUUCGUCGUCCUGGCCCGACGCCGGCAGCCGAGUCGACCCCCGCCAGAGGUCCAAUGUACAUGUGGUACCAUCCGGCGGGGACCUGGUGGCAUUCUGUCGCGCUUCGCUGUGGCUGCGUCCCUGUGCAGUCCUUCUCGUAGACAGGCCGUUAUUACACUCGCAGGAGUCCACGCCGGACCCCGCACAGGACACUGUGAGGAGGCCGUCGUCGGAAUUAGCAUCGGUGGGCAAUGUCCCCCUUAUUCACACGGGACGGAACGACAUCGGCAGCGAUCCUGGGCGUAAUAACCUAAAACCCCGCAGUGACGACGAACUACUAGGCUUUGAGGCAUUGCUCUUCGAGAGGUUGGACAAAUUACUAGGACAGCGGCAGAGCAGUGACAAGUCGCAUAAUAGCGCCAGUGCCAAAUUCACCGCGGUAACAAUAUCAUCUCUCGUGGAGGACAUCGCGAUAAGUAGAUGGAUCGAAUUCAUUGACACACUAUCGGCAGGGGUACCCCCUUUCACUCGUAGCUCUUUAGAAAGUAUGGCCACACUCUACUGGAGGAUUCAAAUGAGCCUCGAAAGAAACAUAAGCAGCUCCGAAUACGACCAUAGGUCCCCCGGCUUCACGUACCACCCUUCCCGGGCGACGUUAGAAUGGAAAACUCUCCUCGCCCGCACCGGCCGCGGAGCCGAGCUACUGAGCCGACUGAGCUCGAUGGCACCGUGGUGGCCGCUGCCGGAGGCACGAGUGACAGGCGAAGCGGAAAGUCGGGCCGUCGCAAGAGGGAUGCCACGCUCAAGUCGGCGAGAUGACGCCUCGUUGUACGACUUGGAGCGGAACAAGCAGAGCUUCGAUCGCGUCUCCUACAUGGGUGGUAUUCUACUUCCAUUUACCGUUGUGUCUGGCGUCCUCUCGAUGAGCGAUCCGUUCGGCCCCGGAGGCGACAUGUUCUUCGUCUUCUGGGCAGUAUCCAUUCCUCUGGUCUUCAUCGCCAUCUUAGUCGUCUACGCCGACUCCAUCCGAAAGACCGAGGUGUGGAUUGAGGUCGCCACAGACGCGGGUCUCAUGGAGGAGCAGUUCAACGAACCAGAACCAGGACUGCCUCCUAUGCGCGUGCCCGCCGUUGAGGUGAUAUUGGAAUCCGCGAUACCGCCAGUUAUAACCGAUGAACCGCCAUUGAGAUCCGCAGGGUCGUCAGUUAUAGUAGAGAAGAUGUUUAAAGACGGCAGGAAGAAGAGAUGGCGGAAAGAGCGGCUUGGUUGGACAGGCGCAUGCAAGGCGGCCUUGGGGAUAUACAAACUGAAGAAAGGCAGGCCACGUGGCCACACAUGACCGUUACGAGAGGGUGCGUGUGGAAUGGGACGCGUGGAUGAUAAGUAUAUUAAAUUCGAAGACGAUAGCAGUUGAAAGUCAACGAGCAUUCCUUCAGUUGCCGUGAUUUCUCAACGUCUGUCUGCUGCUCGGCAGCACUUCCCCUCUCGCUUCUCGUGAUUCAUGAUGCAGAGCCGGAAGUGAACGACAAGCUGCAUGUCCGGCAUGUCUUCGAUAAUCUUUCGGCACCAGGGGUGGGUAUGGUUGAACUGCUGAACGGCGCCGAGGACCGCCACGGGUUCGACUAGAGGUUUCACCUUAAUAUUCGCCUUGUCCGCCGAGAGGGCGAGGGCGGGAUUCGGUGCCUCGUCUGGCUGCCCCACGAGCCACAGGUUUCUGAGGUCGGCGUACGACUCCUCCACAUACUCCUCGUUUGGCUCGGUGAUGUCCUCGAGCCAGUUCGCGACCCUCCUCUGCUCGCCAGCGUCCGUAGGUUAGUCAAUUAAUGUUACGAAGUAACCUGGAAGAGUGGCCGGGAGCGUGCUCAUGAGCCGGGCGGUGAUAUCCGUCCCGCAACUCGACCCUAGAUAGGAUGAGAGGACUCGAGUCACUGACCUGAAAAUACGCC